AUGGAACUUUACUACAUCAAUCAGGGAUCACUUUUCAAGUUAAUCACAACCAAGCCAAGGAACACGCCUAUUGGUAUAGCAGUGAUGCAAAGUGGAGCUCUAGUUUAUACUGAUUACAGUGAUACAUAUAGAACUGUGAACAUUGUGAAGAAUGAGAAGAUAGAGGAGAUGAUCAGUCUACAGAACUGGAAACCUCUAGUUGUCUGUAGUACAUCCUCUGGUGACCUCUUGGUUAUCAUGUUCAGUGUAAAUGGAAACCAUUCAAAAGUUGUCCAUUACUCUGGCCCCACAGAGAAACAAACCAUUCAGUUUAAUGAAAAUGGUAAACCUCUUUACGCAGCACAGUUAAGGCUAUAA